UAAUCGACCAUUAACAGCUGUUUCAUGAAUUUCGGCCCGCAGACAGUACAAAAUUUUAAUAAAUUUAUUAGGUAAUAUAGCUGAAUUAAACAAUGCUCAAAUAUUUAACAAGACCGCUGCUGACAGCGACGCGCAGUGCUACGCGUUCGCUUUGCAGCAAUCUAAGCGGUAGCAGCACAAAAAAAACAACAUCAACGACCACCCCAACUGGCGGCCCAUUGAUUGAGGUCAACAAGGCGAUCAAUGGCUGGGGGGACAAGCUGAAGGCCGCGGGCAUCCAAGACACUGACUUCAAUAUCAAGUGCAUUGUGUCGCAUGUGCUGAACCGGAAAUUUAACACCGUGCCGGAUGACUUUACUCAGCUGAAAUUCAACUCCGAGCAGCUGGCGAACUUUGAGCGCUUCCUGGAGGCACGCUGCGCCCGCAUGCCGCUGCAGCACAUCAUCGGCGAAUGGGAUUUCAUGGAUAUUACGCUUAAGACGGCGCCUACUGUGUUCAUACCACGCCCCGAAACCGAGGAGUUUGUGCGUCUGGUCAUCGAGAACUACAAGCAAGCCAAGCACGUGAACAUGCUGGAGGUGGGCUGCGGCUCCGGCGCUAUGUCGCUGUCCGUGCUGCACGCCUUACCCCAGGUGGACGCAACGGCCAUCGAACGCAGCAAAGUGGCCACAGUGCUAGCCUCGGAAAAUGCGAAUCUGCUGGGUUUGCAGGAUCGUUUCAAGGUGCACAACCAUACCAUGGAGGAGGACAACUAUAUGCCGACCGAGCUGCAGGAUAAGCAAUACGAUCUGAUCAUAUCAAAUCCUCCCUACGUGAAGACCGAAGAGUUUCAGUUUCUUCAUCCCGAGGUGGUCGUAUAUGAGAACCUGAAUGCACUCGAUGGCGGCUCGGAUGGUUUGCGUGUGGCGCGUUUGGUCUUUGACCUGGCUUGUCGACAUCUGCGACCCGGCGGCAAAUUGUGGCUGGAAUUGGGCAACGAGCAUCCGCCGCUGGUCAAAACCAUUAUGAACCUGAAGUACCAGGGACGCCUCAAUUUUGUGGACAGCUAUUUUGAUCAGUAUAAACGCGAACGAUUUGUGCAAUUGGAGAAGGUCUAGGCGUCGACUUGGAGUUCAAUUUAAACUAGCUCAUUUGGACAUGAUUAAUGCAAUUAGAAUUAGUUUAGUCGCAAAUGCAUCUAUCUGUGAUUUGACCUACAUACAAGCUGCCUGAGAAGCUGAGAUAUAUAUAUAUAUGGAUAAACAUAUGUAUAUAUAUAUAUAUAUUAUUUAUGGAUUGCAUUAAGUAUUUCGCUUCUGGCGCAUGCAAACAAAGACGCAUUUCAGACUACGAAAACAAUAGGCAUUUCGAAUUAAUGCACUUAAUUUUAUUGGUUUACAUUAUUCAUGUUGUUCAUAAGCUACAAAAUAAAUCCGUAAUAGACACUACAACAACAAC